AUGGAGCCAACGUCCAUUGACGCCGUGGUCCUCGAGCAUCCGGAGGGGAUGGAGAUGCCAACGCCUGGCACGCCGACGGUUGACGCUCUUCCGACCAACCGACCGACGAAGCUCAAGGGCAGACAGCGCCUACUCAGCGGGCUGCAGCGCAUGGGUUCGUCGCCGAGUCUGAGCCUGGCGACCAUAGGGCGGACGCGCUCACACAGCCUGAGAAGCCCGCUAAAGGUCUCCAUGUCCUGCGUCUCGCUGGCCGGGCCAGGCUCGCCAUACGACAACUCGUUCGGCAGCUCGUAUUCCUCGGAGCUGUCCAACGGCUUCUCGACGGCACCCACGUCUGUCGCCAACAGCCCGCCGGGCAGCCCCGUCUACGAUGAGAAGUACCGUCUGCGAAUGAGGACGCCCCAUGUCGCGUCUUCAGUAGGCCUGCCGUCGAGCACGCGGCCCCACUCCAGGGCAGGCUUGGACGCAGAGGGCGACUACUUCUCGCAGCCCAUCCGGAAGACGGCGCCAAAGAAGCCGGCCUUCAACUUCUGGGGACACAUGCCGGCUGAGAUCCGUAUGCAGAUCCUGCAGUACCUCACUCCGAAGCAGAUUGUGCGAUGCUCGCUCGUGUCCAGGUCGUGGCACGCAAUGUGCUUCGACGGCCAGUUGUGGAGCAACUUGGACACCAGCAAGUUCUAUCGACACAUCUCUGCAGAUGCCCUGAUAAACAUCAUCACAUCGGCUGGACCGUUUGUGAAGGAUCUCAACCUCCGAGGCUGCGUUCAGUUACGCGAGCGAUGGAACAGGAAUGGCUUUCUCGAGGCUUGCCAGAACCUGGAGAACUUCUCGCUCGAAGGAUGUCGGAUCGACCGAACGUCAAUCCACACCUUCCUUCUUUCCAACACGCGUCUCGUCCAUGUCAACCUGUCUGGUCUGGCUGGUGCGUCGAACGCUGCGAUGAAGAUCAUUGCCACAAACUGUCCGCGAGUCGAGCUUCUGAAUAUCUCCUGGUGCAACAACAUCGAUCAUCGAGGGCUGCUUAAGGUCGUCCAGGGCUGCCCCAAGCUGCGCGACCUGAGAGCUGGCGAAGUGCGCGGUUGGGACGAUGUCGAGCUGAUGACCGAGCUGUUCAAGCGCAACACUCUGGAGAGGCUGGUCCUCAUGAAUUGCGACAGCCUCAGCGACGAGUCCCUCGCAGCUCUUAUCGAAGGCGUCGAUGAAGAGAUCGAUGUCCUCACCGAACGCCCAAUUGUGCCGCCUCGCAGACUAAAGCAUCUGGACCUCACCCGCUGCCGCACCAUCACCGACGUCGGCGCAAAGACUCUCGUCGAUAACGUCCCAUUCCUCGAAGGUCUGCAGCUGUCGAAAUGCGGCGGCCUCACAGACGACACACUGACCUCGCUCUUCCCCACACUCCCCGUGCUAACGCAUCUCGAUCUCGAGGAGCUCGAUGUGCUCUCCAACGACGUUCUCAAGAGCCUCGCCGGAUCCCCCUGCGCAGCCCACCUCAAGCACCUCUGCAUCUCGUACUGCGAGAACCUCGGCGAUGCGGGCAUGCUGCCCGUGCUGAAGUCCUGCACGGGGCUGACCUCGCUCGAAAUGGACAACACGCGCAUCUCGGACCUCGUCCUCGCCGAAGCAGCAGCGAGCAUGCGCGCGCGCAACCGCCUCGCGCGCGCCCUGUCCGGCUCGGAGCGCCCACGCGUCGGCCUGCGCAUCGUGGCCUACGACUGCGCGAACGUGACGUGGACGGGCGUGCGCGAGGUGCUGUCGCGCAACGCGGAGAUUAGCCGUCCUUCUGCGGCGCUGAAGGUGCCGGCGACGUUCCCCCGCGAGGUCAUCGCGCUGAAGUGCUUUUACAGCUGGCAGCCGACGGUCGAGGAGCACACGAAGCGCGUGCUGCGCGGCGACUUUGCGGCCGCGGCGCGGCUGGAGCGUAAGUGGGCGGAUUGGAUGAUGAUGAACGAGGAGGCGGGUGUUGGGGGUGCGGGCGCGCGGAGACGCCGGAGGAGGGCGCGAGAAGCGCAGAUGAUGCACGCCGACGAGGAGGAGGGCGGGGCGGGGACGACUGGUGGAGUUGGCCGGCGACGGCGGGCAAGGAGUGGGCCUGGAGGGUGUCUUGUCAUGUGA